GCCGCGCCCGCCUCCGCCAUUUCCCCUCGCGCCGCCGCCGCCCCCGCCGCUGCCUCGCCGCCGACGAGAUGGGUCGCGUGAUCCGCGCGCAGCGUAAGGGUGCGGGGUCCGUGUUCAAGUCCCACACCCACCACCGCAAGGGCCCGGCGAGGUUCAGGUCGCUGGACUUCGGCGAGCGCAACGGGUACCUCAAGGGCGUCGUCACCGACGUCAUCCACGACCCCGGCCGCGGCGCGCCGCUCGCCAAGGUGACGUUCCGCCACCCGUUCCGGUACAAGCACCAGAAGGAGCUGUUCGUCGCAGCGGAGGGGAUGUACACGGGGCAGUUCGUCUACUGCGGCCGCCGCGCCACGCUCUCCAUCGGCAACGUGCUCCCGAUCCGCUCCGUGCCCGAGGGAGCCGUCGUCUGCAACGUCGAGCACCACGUCGGCGACCGCGGCGUCUUCGCCAGGGCGUCCGGUGACUACGCCAUCGUCAUCAGCCACAACCCCGACAACGGCACCUCCAGGAUCAAGCUCCCAUCUGGCGCCAAGAAGAUCGUCCCGAGCAGCUGCCGCGCCAUGAUUGGCCAGGUCGCCGGCGGUGGCAGGACCGAGAAGCCGAUGCUCAAGGCCGGAAACGCCUACCACAAGUACCGCGUGAAGAGGAACAGCUGGCCUAAGGUGCGUGGUGUGGCCAUGAACCCAGUCGAGCAUCCCCACGGAGGAGGUAACCACCAGCACAUCGGCCACGCCUCCACCGUCCGCCGCGACGCCCCGCCGGGUCAGAAGGUCGGUCUCAUCGCCGCGAGGAGGACUGGCCGUCUCAGAGGCCAGGCCGCCGCCACCGCCGCCAAGGCCGACAAGGCCACUUAGAGAGCCGCUGUUACUUAUUGUUGGUUAUCAAUAUCCCGCCGCCAUGCUUAUCGCUAGCUUGAAGUUGAAGGACAUGUGUUCCAGUAUGGUCGUGUUUUUUGCUUGCAACUCUGGUGACAUUGUGAUGAAUGUUCGCAGUUUUCGUGGUCAUUGUCUGGAUUCUAAACUCCGCCGCCUAAACAAGUUUUUACCUGGUUAUUUAACCCUUGAGUUGUUGAAUUA